UGUAGGACUGGGGGGUGUGGAGGGGACAUAUAGUCCUCUGUCAGGGGAGAAAUCGGUCAGACUGAGAGCCGAGCACAGCGAGGAGCACAUCUCUCUCCCCAUACCAGCUUAACAUGGCCGCCGCACAGACAGAAGUGGAACGCGCGAUCGUCACCAUCGUGACCUGUUUCUUCGAACACGCCGGCGAGGAGGGCAAGAAGGAGACGCUGACGCAGGGCGAGUUCAACAGUCUGGUGGCCAAAGAGCUUCCAGGAUUUCUGAAGGACGUCUCCCUGGAGGACAAGCUGAAGGAGUUGGACAUUAAUCAGGACCAGGAGCUGAAAUUUAACGAGUUCUGGAGGCUGAUCGGCGAGCUGGCCAAGGAGACCAAGAAAGACAUCAAAGCCAAAAAGAAGUGAAGAACCGCGGGGGCGGGAGAGGGGGCGGAGCCACCAGGAACAAAGCCAUCGGAAUGCAUUCUCAUUAUAAUAAAAUGAAACUGCUUUUGUGAAUUGUGUCUUAUAUGUCAAUAAAAUAGCUUUAUACUGUUA